AAAACUGAAGAUAUCUUAAAGCGUACAUUUGACCCCCUUUUCAAUUUGGAAGUUGAAUGUUGGCAUUAUCUGGGCACAUACAUUCAUGAUUGUAGCUAUAACACAUUUCUACAGAAUAGCAGCAAAUCCUUUGUAUCGCAACUAUUUAUCAAUACGCCACAGACACUACUGGAAGAACAUGGAAUGUGAUUUGUUGAAACCCCCAUGCGAAGUACGGGGAAUGAUUGAAUUGAAUAGAGAGAAAUUCACUAAAGCCAUACAAGUACCACGCUUGUGGGUGCGUGAGGAGAAGGCACAACGUGUUAUGCCGGUGGUGAAGAAAUAUCUGCUUAAAAUGGAAAAGCUAAAGCCUGUAAAACCGAGUGCUCAAAAUAAUGUUGAGGGUAGGGAAAUACUUUUGCAUCCAAUGCCCGUAAAACAAUGGGAGGAUUUGCCUUGUGAGGAUUUGGAAAAGCUUGAAGUAAAUAAGGACAAUUUUGCAUUUAGCGAGUUGAAGCUUUGCUAUGAAAAUUGGCGGGCUGAUGAGAUACUUAAGGCAGUGCUGCCCAAAGACGAAGAAAGCUUGACGUCCUAUUCACGCAUUGGUCAUAUUGUCCAUUUGAAUUUGAGGGAUCAUCUGUUGGAGUAUAAAGAUCUUAUUGGUCAGGUGUUGCUGGAUAAGGUGGCUAAUUGUAAAACUGUUGUAAACAAAGCAGCCACAAUUGAUAAUACCUAUCGCAAUUUCCAACUCGAUUUGUUGUGCGGAGAAGCUCAAUACCAGGUCGAGACUAAAGAGAAUGGAGUCUUUUUUGAGUUUGACUUCUCCAAAGUUUAUUGGAAUCCUCGUCUUUCUACUGAACAUGAGCGCAUAGUGAAAAUGCUGAAGCCUGGGGAUGUACUUUAUGAUGUUUUUGCUGGGGUGGGUCCCUUUGCGGUGCCAGCUGCCAGAAAGAAAUGUAGGGUUUUGGCCAAUGACUUAAAUCCGGAAAGUUUUAAAUGGCUGCAACACAACAUGAAACGGAAUAAAUGUCAUAGUAUGGCACACACCUACAACAAAGACGGUCGAGAAUUCAUUUUGGCCGAGCUAAAGCAGGACUUACUGAGACGCUGGCUUAACUGCGGUGAAAAGGAGUCUAACUAUAAGAUACACAUUACAAUGAAUUUGCCAGCCAUGGCGGUGGAAUUUUUGUCCGCGUUUCGAGGCUUAUUCGAAAAAGAAUCCAAAGAGGAGAUUUUAUGUUUUUCAAAAACUAAUUUGAAUUAUCCCCUUGUCCAUGUCUACUCUUUUGCCAAGGGUUCCAAUACCAAGGAGUUGGUUUUGCAUUUGGUGGAAGAAAAUCUGCAAAUGCCUUUAAAGGACAAUCUGGAAGGAGUGCAUUUUGUGCGCAAUGUUGCCCCCAACAAGGAUAUGUACCGAGUGUCCUUUUAUCUAACGAAGGCAAUUCUAACACAAACCCUAGCCCCCUUGAAAGUGGAAAAUCACCUAAAGCGCAAAGUUAUUGCGGAUGAGGAGGAACAGAAUGAAAUUACAGAUGCCACCAAAAUUAAGAAUGGGUCGUCGAUCAAAACAGAAAGCCAGCACGGCCGGAGCGGCUUCAAAGAAAACCAAGAACGUAUUCAAAGUGAAUGAUGUUAAACAAAAGAAAAAACCCAAAGAA